AAUUAAGAAUCUAAUUCAAUAAAUAAAUCAUUUUUAAAAAAAGAAAAAAAAGAAGAGUGAGAGGUUCCAAAGCCUCGCAGACCUCAAAGCACAACGGCGUUUAUGGCAGAAAGGGGAAUUGAAGAAGAAGGAGAAGAAGAAAGAACGAAGAAAACCUUGGGGUCGAUGCGAGUGUAAAAUUCUUUCUUUCUUCAAUAUCCUCUUUCAUUCCUAGAGAGAGAAAGAGAAAUACAUUGGAAAAAAAAAAAUAUGGGAAAGGGUCCGUUCUCCUUUCGCCGAACCAGCUUACGACGCCGUUCCAAGAAGACGGUGGAGCGUCCAUCGCCGACGCCGCCACCUCCGCGGCAGCAGAUCGGAUCCCCCACCUCCUCUCCGCCUCUCAACAACAGCAACAACAACAACAAUAAUAAUAAUAACAACAGCUUGGUGGCUGGUUCUGGAGGUGUUGGAGCUUUGGCGGUUGGGAAGGGGAAGAAGAAGACAGGUGGAUCCAGGCUUUGGAUGCGGUUCGAUCGGUCAGGACAGUCGGAGCUCGUGGAGUGUGACAAGAGCACCAUCAUUCGACGCGCUUCCAUUCCUGCUCGUGACCUGAGAAUUCUUGGACCCGUCUUUUCUCACUCCUCUAAUAUACUUGAAUUCAUUUCCUUUGCAGCCAGGGAGAAAGCCAUGGUGGUUAAUUUAGAGUUUAUCAAGGCAAUAGUUACUGCUGAAGAGGUGCUGUUGCUUGAUCCUCUUCGUCAGGAGGUUCUUCCAUUUGUAGAUCAGCUAAGGCAACAACUUCCUCAUAAAAGCCCUACCCAUGGAGCAGGUACUUUCGAUGAACAAGAUAAUGAGAUGCAGGUUUUAACGGGCAGACAUUGGUUACCUGUUCCUGAGGCUGUUGAAGGUUUGCAGUGUGAGCUUCCAUUCGAGUUCCAGGUUCUGGAGAUUGCCUUGGAGGUUGUCUGUACAUAUUUGGAUUCCAAUGUGGCAGACCUUGAGAGAGAAGCAUACCCUGUGUUGGAUGAACUGGCUAGGAAUGUUAGCACUAAGAAUCUUGAACUUGUGCGGAGUUUGAAAAGCAACCUUACCCGUUUACUUGCUCGUGUACAAAAGGUUCGGGAUGAGAUUGAACAUCUAUUGGAUGACAAUGAAGAUAUGGCGCAUUUAUAUUUGACAAGGAAGUGGAUCCAGAACCAACAAUCUGAGGCUUUGUUGGCACUUUCAGCUUCAAAUAGCAUUAGCAAUUCUACUCCUCAUCUCCAUCGAAUCAGUUCAAAAAGAAGUGGGAGUUUGACUAGCAAUCUUUUGGAUGAUAACGAUGUAGAGGAUCUGGAGAUGUUGCUUGAGGCUUAUUUUAUGCAGCUAGACGGAACACGUAACAAGAUCUUGUCUGUUCGAGAAUACAUUGACGAUACAGAAGACUAUGUAAACAUCCAACUCGACAACCAGCGAAACGAACUCAUUCAGCUGCAAUUGGUAUUGACCAUUGCAUCAUUUGCUGUAGCUGUUGAAACCUUGAUAGCCGGGUGGUUUGGCAUGAACAUUCCCUGUACUCUCUACCAAAAGAAUGGGAUAUUUGAGUUCUUUGUUGGAGGUAUAACAGCAGGUUGUAUAUUGCUUUUCCUGGUUGUUUUAGGAUAUGCCAAAUGGAAAAAGCUGAUUGGUUCUUGAAUCCACCUUAUGAUCAACUUGUGCUUUUUAUCUAUUUAUUUUUUAAACGGUUCACUGGAUUCACAGAUUUUCGACUUUGUGAACCCCCACAUUUGUGAAGACCUCGAAGCUUAUUGGAAUUUUCGGCCAGUGCCAUAAAUUGCUUGUACAUAUUGCAGCAAAAUGAAAAUCUCAUAUUAGAUA